AUGUCUCCUGAACAAUUAAGAGUAAUCAAAGAUAAUCAAGAUUCAAUAUUCGAUCAAUUAACUAUCGAAGAAGAAGAACAACAACCCAACAUCCAUGAAUAUCCCAUCGAUGGCAAAUUCGCCAUAAUUUCCUCCUUCUGCGCCAUGUUCCUUUCGGUAUCAUCAUGGGGUGUCAAUAGUGCAUUUGGAGUAUUCUUAAAUUUCUAUUUAACCAGUGAUACAUUCCCCGGUACAAGUCAAUAUGAUUAUGCCUUAGUUGGGGGCAUGGUGGUUUUCUUUGGACAAUUAUUAGCUUCCAUCAGUAUUAUAUUAUAUAAAUUAUUUGGAUUUAAAAAGAUUACAUUUAUAGGGAUAAUCUUACAAACUAUUGCAUAUUUAUUAGCUUCAUUUGCAGUUAAAUUCUGGCAAUUAUUUAUGACUCAAGCGGUAUUAGUUGGUGUUUCAUUUGCUAUGAUUUUCGUUCCGGCUACGGUGGUAUUACCAACUUGGUUAAAUAAACGAAAAGCUACUGGAUUAGGGAUUUGUUUUUCAGGAGCAGGAUUUGGAGGAGUGAUAUUUUCAUUAGUUAUUAAUAGUUUAAUUACUAAGACUGGUGAUCAAAAAUGGGCAUUAAGAAUGUGUGCUAUCGUAACUUUUGUAAUGUCAUGUAUAUCAAUUUCAAUCAUGAGAGAAAGAAGAGAUGUUAAAGUGAUAAAAAGACCAAAGCUAUCGAUUCAAUCGGUAAUUGAUAUUUCAAAACAAAUAUUCGAUCUAAGUGUAUUCAAAGCAUAUGCCAUUAAAUUAAUUUGUGUUUAUUAUACAAUAGCAGUAUUUGCAUAUAUUUCAAUUUUAUUUUCCAUGGCAUCAUAUGCCAAAUCUCUUGGAUUAAAUUAUAAUCAAAGUUCAGCUUUAACUUCCAUAAUUAAUGGUGUACAAGUGAUUGCUCGACCAGGAAUGGGUUUAAUUGGAGAUAAAAUUGGUAGAAUCAAUAUCACCGCUUCGAUUUCAAUCUUAUUUGCCAUUAUUUUAUAUGGAUAUUGGAUUAAUGCAACUACUUAUGGGUCAUUAAUUGGUUGUUGUGUUUUAAUUGGUAUGUUUAUUGGAGUAGGAGGUACUAUGCCUCAAAUAGUUGCUAGUGAUUUAAUUAUUUUAGAUGGUAUACCCGAUAAAUUCCCAGCGGUAUGGUCAGGAAUGAAUUUGGUUCUGUGUUGGUUUUGUCUUGUGGCAGAAGUUAUAUCAUUAGCUAUGGUAAGAUAUAAUUCAAAUCGUCCAUUUUUACAUACUCAGAUAUUUCUUGCCAGUUGUUUUAUAGUAUGUUUUUUAAUAAUGCUUGUGAUAAGAGAAUGGGCGGUAAAGAGAACCAUUGAACAAAGGUUAACUCUGCUUGAAAGUUCAACAACAGAACAAGACCAACUAAUUAAGAAGUAUAAAGAUUUAUUAUCAUCAGGGUUCAUUCCAUAUCUAAGAAGGAUGUUUAAUAUUAUAAAAGUUUAA